AUGGCAAAAGGUGGGAACUCCCAUAGAAACACAUUAAAGAAUGACCACAAACCAUUCAAGUCGAAACAUGCAACUAAAGGACAGCUAAAGAAUCAAUACAAGGGUAAAGUUGAAAAAACAACAUCAUCUGGUUCAUCAUCAUCAAAGCCUUUGAGUAAACAAGCAAGAAAGAAUUUAGCAAAGCAAUUGAAAGAAAACAAGAUUUUGGAAACCAAGCUUACGAAAAAGUUAUUUGAAGGAAAUUCAGGUGCUCAAAAAGUCAUCACCAUCAUAUGUUUGACCAAUGAUUUAUCUCCUAUUGGAAUAGCGAAUCAAUUGUUUAGUCAGGAUGAUCAGAAGAUUGAGUUUGAGUACCCAAGUGUUACGGACAUCAACAUUGGCAAAUUCAAAACAAAUUUAAAGAUUAUACUUCCGAACCAAGAUAAUAUAUUGCAAAUACUUGAUGCUGCAAAAGUAUCCGAUUUUGUCGUUUUUGGAAUAUCAGCAAAUCAAGAAGUCGAACAAGGCUACGGAGAGACAAUACUACGUGCAUUAUUAGCACAAGGUAUUGGCUCUGUAGUUGGGGUCUUACCAAAUGUUGUGUCAGCGUACCCUAAGAGGAACCUUCAAUUAGACAUAAAACAAUCAUUACAAUCAUUUUUUGGCCAUUUCUUUCCUGCUGAAGAUAAACUAUAUGCAUUGGAACUGGAUUCUGAUAAUGCAAACUGUUUAAGAUACAUCUGUCAAAAAUUUCCCCAACUGGUGACAUGGAGAGAUUCAAGAGGGUGGCUAAUUGCCGAUAAAAUCCAUAAUGAAGAAGCUUACGAUGGUGUAAUAGUUGAGGGAACUUGUCGUGGAACAGGGUUCAAUGUAAGUAGGUUAGUCCACAUACCAGGUUAUGGUGAUUUUCAAGUUGACAAGAUUGAAAAAUUGAGCAAAAUUUCAGGACGGAGUCGAAAUGAAAUGCAAAUUGAUGAUGAUAUUGAACAAACAUUCCUACCAAAUGAAAAUCGGGAUACGUUGGACGAGUUGAACCCAGAUUUUCAAGAAGGUCAAGAUGGUGAUGCUGACAUGUGGGAUGGCUUGGAAGACGAUGGCAUGGGAGUUCGCUCAGAAGGUAAGUUGUACUUCAAUGAUGAUGGAACAAGCAAGGUCAAAUACAAUAAAAAAGUUCCCAGGGGUACUUCUGAAUACCAAAGUAGAUGGUUUGUCGAUGAUGUUUUAGAUGCGAAUGCAUCCGAUUUAGAAGAGGUGGAAGAAAACGAUGAUGAUUUACAUGAGAAUGUUACGGAAGAAAAUCAAGAGGUCAUGGACGAUGCAACUACGGAAUAUGCAGAGUCUGAGAUGCAUGUCGAUUUAUCACCAGAGGAAGAACAACGCCAGUUGGAGGAAUAUCGUAGAUCCGCCGCUCAAGAAGAUUUGGAAUUCCCUGAUGAAAUAGAAUUGCAUCCUAAUGAGUCAGCAAUAGAAAGACUUAAAGGAUACAGGGGUGUCAAGUCCUUAGCCAAUUGUGAAUGGGAUGUUGAUGAACACGAUUUGGAAAAACCAAGUAUUUGGAACCGUUUACUACGUGUUGCAAAUUUCAAAGCUACCAGAAACAAGGUAAAUAAAGAGUUUAUCAAAAACAUUGAAGUGCAUCCUGGAAACAGGAUUAGAUUGUUUGUCAGAGCACCUAAAUCUAUCCUUGAACAAGUCAACACCACUUCCAAAGCAUUUGUCAUUUACGAUCUACUUGAGCAUGAACACAAAUUAGCAGUGACCAACUUCUCAUUUGAAAACUGGGAAGACUAUGAAACACCAAUUCAAAAUAAAGAUACCAUAGUUGUUCAAUAUGGUCCACGUCGACAAGUCAUCAACCCGGUUUUCAAUCAAGCUUCAAACAAUAGCAACAAUGUACACAAACAAGAAAACUUUCAACACCCAGGAAUGAUGACAAUAGCCACCGCCAUAGCUCCUGCAUUAUUCACCAAUUCGCCGGUCCUUUUUUUCAAACCUGGUGAAAAUGGAGCUAUUCAAUUCAUUGGUAAAGGUUCUUAUUUGGGAUGUGACCAUACUCGUAUCGUUGCUGAACGUAUUGUCCUAACUGGUCAUCCAGUCAAGAUACAUAAACGUGUAGUGACUGUGCGUUAUAUGUUUUUCAAUCCUGAAGAUAUCAAUUACUUCAAAGCAAUUGGACUUUUCACGAAAUCGGGUCGACUGGGAUUUAUUAAGGAGAGUUUGGGUACUCAUGGCUAUUUUAAGGCUAACUUUGAUGGUAAGUUGACAUCGCAGGAUGUGGUUGCUAUGAGUAUGUACAAGAGAGUAUGGCCCGAAUUGUCUAGUUUAUACACCGAAUAG